AUAAUAUAGUAUUAUUAUAAUCUAUUUACUUAUAAAAUCUCACAAUAUACUAAAAUAAAUAACAUAGAAAUAUAAAUUAUGCUAAGAAAAUAUCAGUUCUAUAGUAUAACUAAAUAAAAUUUUAAAAUGUAUUGUAUUCAGUCUGUAAAAAUUAGAAAAACAUGAAGGAGAUUCUCACUUUGUUUAUUUCAUACUAUGAAUUUAUUUUACCAAACUCGAAAAUAUAUUAGUAUAUAAUAACAAUUAAUAAUAAAGUAAAAUGUAUAAAAAAAAUCAUUAUACAUUAAUAAUAUCGAAUAAGAAACAUAACCAAUAACAUUAUAGAUUUACACAAUAUAUAACACUAAAAUGUAAAUUAUAUCUUUAAAAGUUUUACGAUGAUAUCUGUUAUAUAUUUAUAAAAUGAUAAUCUAGUUAUAAAUUAAAAAACGUGUUCGGGCAUUUACAACUUGUAACUUUCAUGUAGAGUAAAGUAACAAGAAAAAUUAAAAAAGAGUGUUGGCCAGAGUCCAGAGACUAGUGAAAACACGGCAAUAAAUUUGAAUUAUAACAAAAUGGAAAUAUACGCGCAUUCAACCAUAUGAUCAUGUCAACGUGUAUAUGCACAAUUGUCUAUCUCCACCUUGCAGAUAACAUUAUAAUAUAAAUAUUUCUAUAACAGACUGUAAACUAUAUCUUCCUCGAACAUUCUUUUCUAUAUAUAUACACACUUAUAUCUUCCUGGAUCCUGUCCUAACACACACUUACCCCUUUCCUCUCUUAGAUCUUUCUUCACAUAAUGGGAAACUACGCUUCUUGUGCUCUAAGCAACAUAACGCCUUCUUCUUCUUCUUCAAAAGUGAUUCUCCCUGACGGUGAAGUGCGUCACAUUCACGCGCCGACUAAAGCCGCUGAGCUUAUGAUGGAGAUUCCGAGCUUCUUCCUCGUCGACGCCAAAACGUUAAAGAUCGGUCGGAAACUUAAACCGUUAGCCGCCGACGACGAUCUCCAAACUAGAGGCUGUCACGUGUACGUUGCUUUUCCUAUGACGCGUGCCACGUCAGCAGCAAACGCUUCGGACAUGGCUCGGUUGUUUUUAGCCGCCAAGAAACAACAGCGCAGACGAGUCAGAACAGCCGUGAAACACUGUCACAACGGAAGGAUUUCGCCGGAGGGAGAGGAUGACGUCAAGAUGAUGUCGGCGGGAUCUAAGCUGAUGAGUUUAGUAGACAUUGAUGAGUUUUCUGCGGCGGAGUUUAUGCAUAGAAUCUCGAAUUCGAAAUCUAAGAAACCGAAGCUGGAAACCAUAGCUGAAGAAGAAUCUAUCUUAAACGGACUUGAAAUCAAACAAUUAUUGGAACUUGAUUUUUUCAACGCUUUUUUUAAUAUUAGUUAUUGUUCUCGUUUGUAGUGUUAUUGAGAAUGAACAUGUAAUGAUAAAAUUCUUUAAUUUUAUGUAACUGUAAAUUAAAUAAUCUUUAAGCUCUUAACCCGUUAUGAUAAAGUCUACAACAUUUUUAUAGUAUUUGUUUUUCAAUCAGUAUUUAAUAAUUUAGUGAAUCCUAAAAAUCAAAAUUACACCACCUUUUAUUUAUUUUUCUUAAAACAACUAUUAAAGUCGUAGUAGGUAUUUGUACAAAAAUAAACACACAGUUACAAUCAGAGCCAAUCCUAGAAUAUUUAAAACCAUAAGCAAAAAACAAAAAAGUGGCUGGAACUGUACCAACUAAUGGUUGAAGCUGUGAUCUGAGGAAGGUGAAAUGAGUGAGCAUUGCCACUAGAGACUAAAGAGGAUACCCGGAUUAUGUGGCCGAAAAGUAUUUGUCACAAAAUAAACGGCCACAAGCAAUUGCUUCAUUCGCUUGAUGCUAGAUUCUACAAGCAAGUCUUUGCUGUUAUAUCUUUCAAAACUGGAGUUUCUACAAUUUCAAAGCAACUUUCUACAACUUCAUAGCAACUGAUUCUACUACUACUGUUACAAGGCUAAAAGAAAACUAUUGUAUCCUCAAGAUCACGGUUGCUGCUGGUAUCGAUUGAAUAUGAAUCUCUUAGCUUGCAACCUCCUGAAAAGCAGUGAAUGUCUUAAAACAUGUUGAAUAUCCCUUCACGCCAUCCAAACCAUGCCCCAUGAACAAUGCCAUCUUUCACGUCUCCUUGCCCUGAAAAAUCCAACACUGUUGGGGGUGGAUUUACAUCCUUCUUCAAGGCCCAUUAGACAAGGAAUUAGACCCAUAUUGCUAGAAAGCCCUAGGCUUCAUCCUUCUAUAAAUAAGGAGCUACCUCCUUAUGAGAAAGGAUCUCUUCUUCUCCAUUUUAGACUUAGAACACUUCUUAUAAAGGGUUUAUGGAUUAUUAGAUUUCUUUACACUUGUAAUCCUACAUGUAAUACAAUCUUAAAUCAAUAAACUUUUUUGAUGUU